GUAAAUGAUAUAAUUUGGCGUUUUUUUCUCGUUACAAAAUGAAAACAAACUCUCAAACAUGAGAAUUGUGACCAUGGAGAACGAGAACGAGAGAAGGGGCAAACGCUCAGUGAUGCCUCAUAAGAGAACCGCCGUCGACGCCGUUGGCGGCAAUAGCUUGCUGGAGAGCCUACCGGAAGUCAUCCUCAACGAAAUCUUUUCAUUCUCACAACCGGAGACUCUGACGUCACUUUGCUCCUUAGCCUGCGUUUCACGAACCCUUCAAUCCUCCGUCAACAAACCUCUCUCGUCGCUCUCAUCCCUCGAUCUCUCCGCACUUUCCCUUGAUCCGCAAACAUUUCAUGGAAUUACAAGAAAUAUUCGAAAAAUCAACAAGAUAACAUUGGAUUGCCUCCGUCUUCAUGAUUCCUCAAUCACAAAUUUGUUGGGUCCUGAUCUUGAAGAAUUAAUUUUGUUGAAAUGUUCUUCACUCUCGUACAAACUUCUUUCUAGUGUUGGGAAAUAUUGUCCAAAUUUAAGGGUACUCACUCUGGAAUUUUCCGGCAAUAAUCACAAAUCUGCAGUUUCCGAUUUGAAUUUCCGAGACUCAUUCGUAAAUUGUCAACACCUGGAGUCGGUAAUAAUUAAGAUUCGUGGUGAAGAAGUCGUAGAUUAUGGCUAUAUGUUGCUUGGAAUCUACCAAGAACUCCCCCCAACUGUCAAGUUUCUAAAGCUUCAACCAGCUAGCGCGUUGGAUACUGUCGUUUUCUUAAACGCAGUUGGUAAUGCCAAUUUAGUGGCGCCGGUUACUCCUAUGAUUUUCGGACAAGCGUUAACUCACGUAUCGUUAGUUGUAGACGUCAUUAGUGACACCCUUCUCCGCGCUAUUACACGCGGUCUUCCUCUAUUGGUUGAAUUAGAUCUUAAAGAUCGGCCAACAUCUGAACCAACCGAUGUACUAUCCAACUUAGGGAUUCAGUCUAUUGUUAACUGUAAGCAGCUGACAAGCCUUUCUCUUAUGAGAAGCCGGCGACAUUACGUUCCCUUUUUUCGAAGAGCGACUGAUAUGGGGAUGUUUUUGCUUUCGGAGGGUUGCAGAGGACUCGAAUCAGUUCGAUUCGGAGGGUUUUCGAAAGUUACCGAUGCAGGCUUCGCUUCGAUUUACAAUUCCUGUGUUAACUUGAAGAAGUUUGAGAUUCGAAACGGUUUUCUUUUGACGGAUUUGGCAUUUCAAGAUUUUAGUAAGGCUCCUAGGUCUUUAGUAGAGGUGAAGCUUGUGUCAUGCGAUUAUAUAACCAGUGAAGCGGUGCGUGAGCUGGUAACAUGUAGUACGUUAGAGGUUCUUGAUUUGCUCGGCUGCAAAAGCGUAUCCGAUUCCUGUCUUGACAAAGUUUCACGUCUUUCGUUGUUGACGUCGUUAAACUUAGGGGGUACGGGUGUAACCGAUGUUGGUAUGGCUGUUUUAGGUAAAGGGAAUGCUCCCAUUUCAUGCCUUUCGUUAAGAGGUUGCAGGUCGGUCAGUGAUGAAGGAAUCAUAUCUUUGUUACAAAGUGAAGGUAAAAUCAGGAAGACUUUAUCAUCUCUUGAUCUUGAGAACAUGCCUGAACUGACGGAUAACGCGAUCGCCACCAUUGCUGAUGCGUGUGUAGGGCUUACAGAACUGUCCAUCAGGUAUUGUAUUCGUGUUACAGAUGCAUCUGUGAAGGCUUUGGCUUUAAAGGGAGGGGUACGAAGGCUUGAUCUUUAUAAGUGCACUGCGUUAUCUGGUGAAUGUUUGCAAUAUCUGAAGAAGCCUUUUUUUCGUGGCUUACGGUGGAUUGGAAUUGGAUGGACCAGAUUAGCUCGUGAAGAUCCUGAGUUUGAUGAAGAAAUUUGCAGAGAACGACAAUGGUUGACUGUUUGCAAAUAUGGGUGUGAGUUGGGAUGUCAUGAUGGAUGGCAAGAUCAUGAAUUUUGAUGCUUUUAUUGUAAGUGCUACCGUUACAUUUGAUGUAUUUUCCGUAACGAUGCUUUGGACAUGUUCUUUACUAGUCGCCGUUAAAGUCAGUUUUUGACUAAACCACACAUAUAUGUUGAAGUAAUGUUUGGCCAGUUGGGUUUUUUAGUUUAUAAUGUGCGUGAUUUUCAAA